AUGCAGCGCGCGUUGAGCUCCCGAGCUCGAGCUUCAGCUCUGUCCUCGGCCGCCGCCCGGUAUCGUGCUGGAGCCGGCCUGGGUCAGCAGCUUCGCUUCGCCCACAAGGAGCUCAAGUUUGGUGUUGAAGGCCGUGCCGCGCUCCUGGCUGGUGUCGAUACCCUCGCCAGGGCCGUUGCCACAACACUCGGUCCCAAGGGCCGCAAUGUCCUGAUCGAAUCGAGCUUCGGCUCUCCCAAGAUCACCAAGGACGGUGUCACCGUUGCCAAGGCCGUCAGCCUCAAGGACAAGUUCGAGAACCUCGGCGCCCGGUUAUUACAAGAUGUCGCCUCCAAGACCAACGAGGUUGCUGGCGACGGCACCACCACCGCCACCGUCCUGGGCCGAGCCAUCUUCUCCGAGACCGUCAAGAACGUGGCCGCCGGCUGCAACCCCAUGGACCUGCGUCGCGGCAUCCAGGCCGCCGUCGACGCUGUCGUCGACUACCUGCAGAAGAACAAGCGCGACAUCACCACCAGCUCGGAAAUUGCCCAGGUUGCCACAAUCAGUGCCAACGGCGACCACCACGUUGGCAAGAUGAUUGCCAACGCCAUGGAAAAGGUUGGCAAGGAGGGUGUCAUCACCGUCAAGGAAGGCAAGACGAUGCAGGACGAGCUCGACGUCACCGAGGGCAUGCGCUUCGACCGCGGCUAUGUCUCCCCCUACUUCAUCACCGACACAAAGGCCCAAAAGGUCGAGUUUGAGAACCCCUUGAUCCUGCUGUCCGAGAAGAAGAUUUCGGCCGUCCAGGACAUCAUCCCUGCUCUCGAGGCCUCGACCCAGAUGCGCCGCCCUCUGGUGAUCAUUGCUGAGGACAUUGAUGGCGAGGCCCUUGCCGUCUGCAUCCUCAACAAACUCCGUGGUCAGCUGCAGGUUGCCGCCGUCAAGGCUCCCGGUUUCGGCGACAACCGCAAGUCCAUCCUCGGAGACAUUGCCGUCCUCACCAAGGGCACCGUCUUCACCGAUGAGCUCGAUAUCAAGCUGGACAAGGCCACGCCCGACAUGCUCGGCUCUACCGGCUCCAUCACCAUUACCAAGGAGGACACCAUCGUCCUCAACGGCGAGGGCUCCAAGGACGCCAUCACUCAGCGGUGCGAGCAGAUCCGUGGCGUCAUGGCGGACCCCACCACCUCCGAGUACGAGAAGGAGAAGCUCCAGGAGCGCCUGGCCAAGCUGUCUGGUGGCGUGGCUGUCAUCAAGGUCGGCGGCUCGUCCGAGGUCGAAGUCGGCGAGAAGAAGGACCGAUUCGUUGACGCCUUGAACGCCACGCGCGCCGCCGUCGAGGAGGGCAUCCUGCCUGGAGGUGGCACCGCCCUCCUCAAGGCCUCGAGCCAGGCACUCAACGACAUCAAGACGGCCAACUUUGACCAGCAGCUGGGUGUCACUAUUGUCAAGAACGCCAUUACCCGCCCGGCCCGGACCAUCAUCGAAAACGCUGGCCUGGAGGGCUCUGUUAUUGUUGGCAAGCUCACGGACGAGCACGGGGCUGACUUCAACAAGGGCUUUGACAGCUCCAAGGCCGAGUACGUCGACAUGAUCCAGGCCGGCAUCCUCGACCCCCUCAAGGUGGUGCGCACCGGUCUCAUUGACGCGUCGGGCGUUGCCUCGCUCCUGGGCACUACCGAGGUGGCCAUUGUCGAGGCUCCCGAGGACAAGCCUGCCGGCCCUCCCAUGGGCGGAAUGGGCGGCAUGGGCGGCAUGGGCGGCAUGGGAGGCAUGAUGUAG